UAAGCUAACGUCAGAGGGUUGUGAUUCUGGGAGAAAACACUGAAAAGCAGAGAAAAAUUCCAGAGAGGGAUAAAAAGGAGAGUAGCAAGGCAGAGGCAUGGAGGUGGGUCAGCUGCAGAGACGGUUGGUGGACUACACAAAGUCCUUGCUUACGGAGGGGAUCCUAGAUGAUCAGUUUACGCAGCUUCAGAAACUUCAAGACGAGGGCAACCCAGGUUUCCUUGUUGAAGUUGUCUCUCUUUUCUUUGAAGAUUCUGAGAAGCUUCUUAAUGACAUCACCAGAGCUUUAGACCAGCAGAGUGUAGAUUUCAAAAUGGUUGAUGCACAUGUUCACCAAUUGAAGGGAAGCAGUUCCAGCAUGGGUGCACAGAAACUCAAAAAUGCUUGCGUUACUUUCCGCAGCUUCUGUGAUGAACAGAGCAUGGAAGGGUGCCUGAAAUCUCUGCAACUAGUAAAGCAAGAGUACUACGAUGUGAAGAACAAGGUUGAGACCCUAUUCAAGAUGGAGAAACAGAUUGUAGCCGCUGGUGGGUCAGUUCCUAAGACAGAAUAGAGUUUCUGAGGUUACCAAAUUGGUGGGAGAGCUUGUCUAAUCUGGAAGUUUGUUGUAUGGAAGCUUUUUAUGUCAGUUCAUGUGAACAAUAAUACUUGUUACUUUAUGUUUCUCUUUAACUAAUAAAACUGUGCUUGAAUGAAAUAUGAAUGAAAAGAGAGCUUUCUAUCUAA